AUGGUUGGGCUACCACCUUCCUCUUCGUCCAAUUUGUCUGCAAUUAAUCUCGACCAACAGACGGAGGACGGGGAAAGUGUACUAAAAGCUGCCUUACCGCAGAGUUUAUGGAACGUGUGCCCAGAAGAUAAACAUGAACCAACAAAUGAAUUCUUGGACUAUUACCGGAGCCAACUCGUCGGAGUCGAGGCUUAUGGCUUGAACUUGAAGAGUCACCAAGACCUCAUUGAUCUGAUAAACUUCAUCAAGACACUGGCGCAUCUCACCAAACCGGAACUGAUUGCUCGCCUCGAAGCCAGUCAUGCUCACCUUGGCUCACCCAUCCCAGCCGUUGAGCUCGCCCUGAGAAUCUGGCUCUUCCUAUCCCUAGAGGACUGGGGAAGCAUGGAGACACUAGAGCAACAUGUUCACUCAAUGUUCCCUAGAUCCAAUUCUUUGCCAGACAGCCCAACAAUUGCUUUGAGUUUCAACGUCCUGAGUCUUGAGCAGAUCGGUGGAUUCAAGAUUGUCUGGACGGAGAGCCUUCAAGAUCACCUGUCUUUGAGUAUAGACGACUCGGAGAAGGAACUCAGAAUCUUCCACGUUGCAUCAUUUCUCCACACAUACGGGAAGAGUAAAGACCGGCCCAUCUUCCCACCGGGGUUCCUCGAAGAAACUGCCCGCACGUUGUCACUCUUGAUCCCGUCAUCCAAUCUAAAAUGUCAACGAUGGAUCCGAAAGGCUCGUAGACAGGAUGAAAUCGAUCUGGAAGCAGCGUAUCUUCCCCCCACAUCACGCGAUCUGGCCGACUUUCCGUACUGGGGUCGACAGCUCAGGGAGCUGCGAGAUGAAUACGAGCGGACAGAACCGACGACAAUGCGGCAAUGGAUUUUGGACAAGAGGAAGCCGAACCAGCGGUAUACGUUUUGGAUUGCUGUGAUUGCACUGCCAUGCAUAUCAAUUGAUAGGAAGGGACUGUGCCUGGUGAUUUCAUAUUUCAUUGGUUUGUUGACUGACUGGGCUUUAUUCUGUGAACUCUGUCGAAUUUUGAAGAUAUCCAUGACUGCCUUUUUGAUUAGUCUCGUGUUAGCUUAUACAGAUGUCUCCUCGACAGAUUAA